GAGGCGGCGGCGCCGGAGCAGGGGAGCGGGCCCGGUGGACGCGCGGCCGGGAGGGUGAUGGAGGCGCAGGCAGACCCCAGCAGCGGCGUCGGCGGCGUCGGGGACUCUGCAGCUGCCACCACCGCCAAGGGGCCAGCCCCGGCCGACUCUGCUGAGGGCCCAGCGGGGCUGGCGGCGGCCGUGACCGAGAUCCGCUGCCCGGGCCCCAGGCCGCUGAGGCUGCUGGAGUGGAAGGUGGCGGCCGGCACGGCGGUGCAGAUCGGCACGGUGCUGGCUGUGUGUCUCCUAUCGUGCCUCCCGCCGGCGGGGAAGCGGGCGCGCUGCCGGCUUGCAAUGCGCGCCGGAGAGCCGGGGAAGGAGAGGGAGAAGGGGGCGGCGGCGGCGGCGAUGGGAGCCCCCACCUGUGCGGGAACCAGCGCGGGGAGCCCUCGCCCUGCCCGGAGGCCGGCGGCUGCGGGCGGACCCAGCGGUUGGCGGAGCGCAGAGUGAAGUCGGAGAGGGCCGGAGUGGUGCUGGAGCUGUGUGCGCAGCUGGGACAGGUGGUCCCCCCAGGAGGUGUUCUGGUGAGAUUAGAAGGAUGUAGCCACCCAGUAGUUAUGAAAGGUUUAUGUGCUGAAUGUGGUCAAGACUUAACACAGCUACAGAAUAAGAAUGGAAAACAGCAAGUGCCAUUAUCCACAGCAACUGUCUCCAUGGUGCACAGUGUGCCAGAACUGAUGGUUAGCUCUGAGCAAGCUGAACAACUAGGCAGAGAAGACCAGCAACGGCUACACCGAAACAGAAAACUUGUCCUCAUGGUCGAUUUGGAUCAAACAUUAAUUCAUACUACAGAGCAGCAGCGCUGUCAACAGAUGUCAAACAAAGGUAUACUUCAUUUUCAGUUAGGCCGACGUGAACCUGUGCUACAUACUCGAUUACGUCCUCAUUGCAAGGAAUUCCUAGAAAAGAUUGCCAAACUGUAUGAAUUGCAUGUUUUCACCUUUGGUAGCCGGCUUUAUGCACAUACCAUUGCAGGUUUUUUAGACCCUGAAAAGAAGCUUUUUUCUCAUCGAAUAUUAUCAAGAGAUGAGUGUAUUGACCCAUUUUCUAAAACGGGAAACCUUAGAAAUCUUUUCCCGUGUGGAGAUUCAAUGGUUUGCAUUAUUGAUGACCGAGAAGAUGUCUGGAAGUUUGCGCCCAAUUUGAUAACUGUAAAGAAAUAUGUAUACUUUCAGGGCAUAGGAGAUAUUAAUGCACCCCCUGGAUCCAGGGAAACUCAAACGAAAAAGAAAGUCAAUCAUUCUUCUAAAACAGCUGAAAUCUCAGAACAAACCACAUCCCUGAAAGAUGCUGAAGAUGGAAAGAACAUUUCUUCUAUAGAAGAACAGAGUAAUGGCCUUGGGAAAUCCACAAAGGAAUUGAAUGGUAGUAAGGUUGUACACAGUGAGUCCUCCAAAUGGUGUUUAAAUUCUAGUGAUAAAAUAAAUGAGAGACAUUCCUUCCAUGGUACCACUGAUCACAUAACAGAUGCUACUAGUGCUAAUGAUUUGAUAACUGCCAAGGAAUCUCAGAUUUCUUCAGAACAGGAUGAUAGAACAUUAUCAGAAAAACAUCCUGGCCAAAGCAAUGCAGGUAAUGAUUUGGACUUUGAACUCUCUAGUGACAGUGAAAGUAACAGUGAAUUAGAUGGUCACAAAUCUGCUUCCUCUUCUGCAUCUGAUAGUGAAAAUGAGGAGAAGAGAAGCUGGAAGAAGUCAAAAGCCACACAAGAAGAGACUUCUCAACAACAGGACAGUGCAGAUACAAGUGGGGAGAAAAUGGUUGAAGUCAAUCAUUCCACAGAGUCUGGACCUAGCGUACAUCUUCAUGGCAAAGGCAAUGACCUUGAAGUCCCAGAAGAAAGUGAACAGGAUGGCCUUUGUGAUCUGGGAAAUGGCUGUGCAGACAAGAAAGAAGCAGAGACAGAGUCCCAGAAUAGUGAACAAUCUGGGAUUACAGUGGGUGAAUCUUUAGAUCAGAGCAUGGAAGAAGAAGAGGAAGAAGAAGAAGAUAAUGAUGAAGAUGAUCAUCUCAUAUACCUUGAAGAGAUCCUUGUUCGAGUACAUAAUGAUUAUUACACAAAGUAUGAUAAAUACCUGAAUAAGGAGAUCCAAGAAGCACCUGAUAUACGGAAAAUAGUACCAGAACUGAAAAGUAAGGUGUUGGCAGGUGUUACCAUAAUAUUUAGUGGGGUAUGUCCAACAAAUUAUCCAAUAGAAAGGACACGAGAACAUUAUCAUGCAACAGCACUUGGAGCUAAGAUCAAUAAGAAUUUGAUAUUGAGUGCAGAUGAUCCCAACAAAGCAACUCACCUUAUUGCAGCAAGGGCUGGACAAGGGAGUAGAGUAACAGGAGUCCCAGCACAGUGGCAGUUGGGUAUGAGAAGCCAAUAUCAAGAAUCAGGAGAACCAAUGAGUGAGCUGGAAGAAGCCAGAAGUACAGGCACAGAGAAAGUAAGACAAGCUCAAGAGUGUAAACAUCUCCAUGUUGUAAACCCUGAUUGGUUGUGGAGCUGCUUGGAAAGGUGGGACAAAGUAGAGGAACAACUCUUCCCUCUAAAGGAGGAUUACAUCAAAACACAAAGGGAAAAUAGUCCAGCAACAUUUCCUGAUAUACAGAGUGCUUUUCCAACAGCCUUGUUUCAUCCAACACCUAUCCAUCCAAAGUGUCAACCUGGUCCAGAAGUUCGAAUUUAUGAUUCUAACACUGGGAAGCUAAUCAGAAAAAGGACUCAGAAUUCUGGACAGUCUCUAUAUAUCCAGUCACCAGCUUCUCCUGUCACAUUACCAGUCCACGGGGAACAUUCUUCUUUCAGAGUUGUUCAACCACAUCAACAACAGAUGUUUGAUGAAGAAAUGUCAGCCAAUCAAGAUGAAGAUGAGCAGCCUGGUCCAUCCAGAAGAAAACGACAGCCAAGUAUGUCUGAGACAAUGCCGCUAUACACACUUUGUAAAGAGGAUUUAGAAAGUAUGGAUAAAGAGGUUGAUGACAUCUUAGGAGAAGGGAGUGAUGACAGUGACACAGAAAAGAAGAAGCUAGAAGAAGAGGGAGAGAAACCCCAGAAGGGUGAAACUGAGAAUCUUGGAACAAAAAUUGAACAAAGACCGGGAUCAUCAUCGUCGAGUGAAAGAAGCCUGACAGGCAGUAUACCCAGAGGCCACAAGCGGAAGCUGAAUGAGGACGAUGCUGCCAGUGAAUCUAGUAAAGAGUCCAGUAAUGAAGAUGAGGAGGGAAGCAGCUCAGAGGCAGAUGAAAUGGCAGCUGCACUUGAAGCCGAGUUGAAUGACUUCAUGUGACAUCUGGAAGGGAGGAGGAUUUGUAAUUAUGUUUUAUUUCUUGUAACAGAUCACAGAUUUCAAAUGAGCCCCAUAUGGUAGCAUUCAAGUUAUUUUUUUUUGUCCCUCAAAGCCAGUAUGUAUAUUUUGUAAAUCAACACCAAAAGGCGACACAUUAUUUUACACAAUCAGAAAUAGGUGUUUUUAAGGUGUUUUACUACAGUCAAAGUAUACUUUUUUAAAUAGCAAAAGUGUUAAAAGGGGAAAAGGGGAAUUAGUGUGCAAUGCCAAAGAAGUGUUGAAUUUUACAGAAUAUAUAGUAGUAGGAGGGUUUGUGAUUUAUUGACACAUUGCAGGGUUGUGUUUUUUUUUUAAUACCACAGCACAUGAUUUGGAGUAAAAGAUUUCAGGGGAAGAGAUAAGAUAAGAGGAAUGAUGUAGCAAGAAUCUGAUGAUUCUAGUCAUGCUUUUUCACAGCUAAAGCUAUCAAAAAUAUAAAAAGGAUUUUAAAAUGCAAAACACUUUAUAUUUGUAUAGAAACUGAAAAUGUGAUAUGCAGGCUUCAUGAACUCUGCACUUGACAUCCACGUCACUUGCUUCCGAAAGAAUACAUAAUGAUCAGAUUUUCUAUUUUUACGUUACUUUCUGAAAUAGUUGGGCUCUUUAGAAGACUAUUGUUUAGAUUUUAAACUUUGCUUCUGUGUAACCUGGAAUUUUAGCACAGUAUAUGUGCUCUGCCAUCCUGUACUGCCAUAAGGAACUUAUUCACGCAUUUGUUUUCUUCAUAAAAGGAAUGAGUGCUAGUUUAUCUUAGAUAGGAUUUUAUUUCUUUGGCUGAGAGAUCUGAUGUAAAGUUUUUGUAUAUUCUAUUUCAUAUUUGACCCACCAAACAGAUUUUUCUUUCAUUUAAUAAAGAUCCAUUUUGUAAA